CCUUCAUUCCUUGGUUUGCGCUCCAAGCAAACGAUAGGAAGCGAGUUCACCGAAGGGAAAGAAAAGCCCGAAAAAACGAAGGAAAGCGAGCAAGCGAGCGAGCGCGCGAGAGAAAGCAUGGGGUGGAAGUGGGUGGAUGACGAGUCCUCGGAUUCCUUGGCUUCCGGCCGGGGGUUCGGCGAGAUUGGGGAGCUGGUAAACCCUAACUCUAGGUCGGGGGAGGAUCGGUUCUCGACGAGGAGGGUGAUGAAAUCGAGCUGCCGGACGGAGGAGGUCGAACCCGGGAGAUUCGUUAGGAAGUGCGAGAAGACCGAGCAGACCCUAAGAGAUUGCAUCGGGAGGCCUACAGAGGUGGUGGAAUCGAAAACUGAGCACACUGAAGAUGAUGUUACAGACGAAGUAACAAGUGGGGUGGUUCCAUUCGACUCGAGGAUUAACGACCUCUUCACUUUUCCUGGGCUUCGUGGCGACAUUGAAGCUAUGGAGCGAGGCUUGUUUGGUGGUCUCAAUCGUUUCCUCGAGUCAGCUGAAGAGAUGACGAAUGAAUUCUUCCACUCGCUUGGCAUUCCCUCUAGGCAAGGUAGGGAAUCAACUUUUGGUCGCGGGAAACCUGCAGAUAAGCAACGUGAGAUAUAUCCUUCUGAGCAACCCAAUGAGUCACCCUAUUCUGAAUAUGCUGGCGAAAUCAGAGAUGUGUGAGAAGUUAUUCUUACGUUCUUUGUGAUCCUGUAACCUGUGGUAUCAUGAGUCAUUUGAAACCUAGCUGUAUUCUUAUCCAAAAAAAAAAAAAAGCUGUAUUUGGAGGAAUUAUGAAUUUCCAAACAGUUUUUGAAUAUUCUGCGUUUAUACGGCAGCAAGCCGCCUUUUGUAAAUAAAUGUAUAACCGAUCUUAAAUGCCAGUUUGAAACUGUUACAA